CAGCGAAUUUAUAACACUUUAAACUUAUUUUGCAAAUUUAGUGGUACUUCAUAAAGUCCUUUUGGGAUAUAUCGUCAAAACUGAAGAAUUCUAAAAAUAGAAUUUUGUGACGUCAUCACUUCGGUACUCUAUAACAACCGUAAAUAAUGCACGGCGAAAUUGAUUAAGCAAACGACGCUAAUACUCUUUAUGUAAAAAGGCAUGUCAGGAGCCUUUGCCCAAACAUGUUUGAACAUAUUGUAAAAAAAUCUGGUCGUUUUAAUUAGGAUCCUACUGGUUGGAUAUUAACGAGCUGUUUGUGUUGGAAUAGUUGGACUCUCUCGCAUGUUGGUAUCGGGCUGUCAUAGCAAUAAACUUCAUGAAAUGCUAGCUUCUCGUUAACUUUCAAAGAUUCCAGCACCAGCAGCAAACAUUAUUUUUGGAAUCUAACAAGUUUGAUUCAAAGAAGGGAAGUAUUUCAACAAGGUGUCAUAUGUAGGGUGUGAACCAGAAACAAUAACGAUCUUUUAUUUUGUGACCUGGUGGUGGGUUGGUUAGCAGUAAAGUUGCUGAAUGGGCAUGAUAUUUUGAAGCGUUGGUAACAAGUUACGACAUGUAGUCAAGAUGCCACCAUAUCUAAAGUAACAUCAACGCAUCGGGGACUCGUACAGAUUGUCAACUACGUCGAAGUUUAAAUGCUUUCAACUCUGAAGAGAAUCUGAGAAUAUAAAAUAAAAGGUUUAUUAGGGAAAAUGGAAGAUAAAGAAAAGGAACAGGUUACAAACGACAUCGGAUCCUUGACAAUUCAUGGGUUACCAAAAAUUGUUUCAUCAAAAACGAACAUUUCAAGGAUUAUCUGGCUGGUUAUUUGCGUCUCUGCCCUCGUAUUUCUUGUCAUUACGGCAACCAGAAGCCUUAUCAAGUAUUACAGAUACGAAGUCUUCAUUGCAGUGGGUACAAAACCUACCAACCACAUGCAUCUACCUGCGGUCACAUUCUGCCAUACAAAUUUCUACAACCCAAUGCUUUAUGGCGAAGAGGCACCAAUGUUUCAGCAUUUUCCAAAAAAUUGCAGUUUCAUGGACGACAAAUAUUUUGUGAAUGACAUGAACAAACAUAUGUUUUACUUUGCCUGCAGAUUGUUCAUCGGCAUAUUUGACGCAAAAACAUCAGGAGUUGGUCAGGAAUUGCCAGAAUACUUUCGUUUCCCAGAAAAAUUCUCAUUUCUUCCAAACAUUUAUCCGUGUGUCACUCUUAACAGGAACUCUACACUUGAGCAAAAAGCCAGCGGUGAAAAAUAUGGUUUGCAAAUGAUCCUUUACAACGAAGAAAUGGCUGAUGAAACAUUCACUUAUGCGAAAAAAGCCGAGCCACUUACAGAGAGGCGCCAAGGAGUAAUUGUGCAUAUACACGAUCCAAAGCAACAUGUCCCUAUUUCUGAUGGAAUUCCCAUCCCAGAAGGAUUUCAUACACAUGUUGCCAUAAGAAGAAGAAUUAUAAAACUAAAACCCAGCCCCUACCCGUCGAAAUGCGUUCGAGGGGACGAACAAGACAAAGAAAGCAUAUAUCCUGGCAAGAACACUCAAAUGCAAUGUUACAGUUCGUGCUUCUUCACAAACUGCUAUAAACAAUGCCCUGGUGUAUUGUUAGAGAUGCGAGGCUUCAUGGGUCCCCCAAAGUACCCAAAAGUGGCUAACUACAGCGACCCACAGUUUUGGAAGUGCUUUAUCAAAUCCAUAGCGAAGUAUGACUAUCGAAAAUGCAACUGCAGUCCUAUUUGCGAAGAAGAGACUUACGAGGUUAAAGUAAAUCGUAACCCGUGGCCGCAAAGUUGGCAGGCAUCCUCAGUGUCACAUAUCGUCUCGGCGAUGAAAGGAGUAAAAAGUGUGAGCCCAGAUGAGGUUAGAGAAAGGCUGAUGAGGCUAAGUGUCUAUUACGAUGAGAUGACGGAAACAACAUUUGAAGAAAAAGAGAUGUAUGAUCUUUCAGCUUUUACUAGUGACUUAGGGGGGCAAAUGGGUUUGUUUUUGGGAGCUUCGUUAUUAUCUUUAAUUGAAAUUUUUGCUCUUUUGUUCAGCUUUCUUGGUAAUAAAUUUUUUGGCAGCAAUAGAGUGAAGGCGUUUUCGGUGAAAUAAAGUUUUGUUGUCAAAUCGAACUAUCGUGUCAAGAACAUCCGUUCUCUCCCUCUAAGAUGCCAAAUCUUAUGUAUUCUAUGUUGCUAAAAUUAUGAGCUUGUAAACGUUAUAAUGGUAGAGUAAGCAUUCUCUGUAUAUAAAUGCAAUGCAAAAAAUGCAUACUUCUGUUAACCAAACCGUUAUUUAUUCGAUCACAAGCCUUUUCCUUCAUAAGCCGCCCUCGAUGAUAAGCUGCAGCAAAUUGGGUUUAUAAAAAUGUAGGCUACCCUUGAUUAUAGGCCGCACCAACAAAACCAUGAAGAAAUACUUGGCUUGGAAUGACGGACACAAAAACUGAUAAAAACCUGAUUAUGUACAUAAACCACAAAAUAGACGGUAGAAGUCCAACCAACAAUAAUAUCGUCCAGAUGACGAGUCAUUGAUAUCGUCCAGAAGUAUUUCUUCUUCAUCCCUUUACAACCCUCACCCUCACCUUCAAGGUUGCAGGAAUGCUUGGUAGAACCUGGAUAAAUAAUGUACGCCGUCCUCGUUCAUAAGCCGUCCUCGUUUAUAAGCCGUCCUCGUUUAUAAGCCGUCCUCGUUUAUAAGCCGUCCUCGUUUAUAAGCCGUCCUCGUUUAUAAGCCGUCCGUUUAUAAGCCGCACCAAAACGUGCUUAAAAUAACUAUUAGUCACGUCUUAUAAUCGAUUAAAUAUGGUAAGCACACACAUUGUCGAAUUAUAUCCCUCAUGCAUAUAUACAUAUUCCAUUUAUAAUAAUUUAAAGGAUAUAUACUACAAACAACUAUAGUAACGAAAGCACGUUUUCAUGCCAUCGUGUCUCUACUUUUCAUUUUAUCAUUUACACAGGCUAAUGUAUGUUAUAUGAUAUUAAGUAAUGUAAAAAAAUAGUUGGUUGACCUGCUCUGUGAAAAACCUCAAGUUAACUAAUGUACAGAACAAAAAUAAAAUAAAAUCGAAGCUAAUCUAAUACGAUAUGGAAAAAGUGUUUAAAUUCAGAUGAAAUUGCCACUCGUGUUGGUAUUUUAAUAAAUAGUGGAUCAAAUUAGCGAAAUUACUCUGUAAAGGAUCCUUUUUAUUUUGGAUUGUAACUCCAAAAUGAACACUGUGCCAUCACACAUAGUUUAUCAAUUUAUAUAAUAUUACAGCUAUUCGAAAACACACAGUUAAUCGACAGGAUUAUUCGAUUGUAACUCCAAAAUUACCCAAUUAUACAACUGCAUUACUCUUUCGAACGCUAUUAUAUUUUUAUUCUCUCCGCAUUUGGAAGUUGGCAGGAUCGAUGCUAUAAUUUAAUAUGCUCUCUUCUUGCAAUUUUUUUUCUUAAAAUAAAGCAUUUUCUCCCUUCUUUGCGAUGCUUUUUUCAACAUCUAUACUUUCUUGCUCUAUUUCAUUAUCAAUACCACAAUAUAUCUGUAAUAUUGAGAAAUUGAAGAAAAUAUUGCAAAUAUUUUGGUCUUUUAUCUUGUUUUCUCUUACAUAUACAUGCCUAAUAUAUUUUGUUUAUGUUGACAAGAUGUGAUUUGGUUAACGCGUGUACACCAAAAUCUUGCUGGGUUUGAGAUAGCAGAUUGCCCUAUAGGCUUAAAAGUUGGAAUCACUCUUUGUCUUCAUUAAGCAUUUUCGAAUGUGUACAGAUUGAUAAAAGUGUUAUAAAAGUGGGAAAACAUAAAUAAUUUCAACAAGACACAGAUGAACAGCCUCAAAACUGGCAUCAACAAAGCAAGAUAAGCACAAAACAUUAACCCAGGUAUAAGAUUGGAAAAGCAGAAGUGUGCAAGUAACAACACGUAAAUGAAAGGCUUUCAACUGAUGGAAACAGUGAAGAAGAAGGAAAAGAUGGCGAUCAUAUGCUCAGGACACCAGCAGAUAUCUUACCGCGUCGAGAACAACGAGAACAAAUUAGUUUUAAGACUCCCUGGUGUUAAUAUACAAAAUAAUAACUCUGUGAUGAAAAAUAGAAGAUGAACACGACUACACACAGAUGGAUGGUAUCACGUGGAUGAGCAAUAUGGCAGGGUGCUAUGGCAACAAAGAAAUCAACAUAAGCAUUGCAACUGCCUACUCAGCAAAUUGACAGGAAAGGCACCUUUUCAAUAAAAUUGAUUGUGGAAGGAGAAAGGUUGUAUUUCAAAAGCCCCGUGUUGAUGCAUAUUUCGCACAAACAAAUGCUAAAACAUGAUGAAAAAAUUAUUUAACCGAGCUUGCCUUGUGAUUAAAUGACGAGUAAAUAUUGCUUUAUGUAAACAUAGUUAAUUAUAUUUCAAUAAAUUAUUCAUUACUCAUUGCUAAUUCAGUUUAAAACUCCUUGCUAAUUAAACAGUCACAAAGCUAUGAGAAAAAGAGAAGCGAAAAGAAUUUGCAGCAUAUUUGUGUUGCCGCUUGAAUAUGCUCAAAAGGCAUUAAAAGCAUUUAAUCAUGGUAGUAAAUAGGCCUUCUCUAUAUACAGGGGGUCAUUCGGUUUCGUAAAUAGGCCUUCUCUAUAUAUAGGGGGGGGGGGAUUCGGUUUCGUAAAUAGGCCUUCUAUAUAGGGGGUCAUUUGGUUUUGGUGUGAUCGCUGCAAUUUCACGUGAUAUCGGCAUCCGUUGUUGACAACUUGCUAUUGAUGGAAACUGUUAUGUUAUUCAGUACGAGGUGAUUCAUGUGACCAGUUCCAGGUCAACCAAUAGCAUUGCGGCACGAAAACCAUGACUCAGCGGAUUUGGUUACGUUUGGGCGUACCCUGUCCUUUUAUCACGACUGAAUGCCUUUAAGCAAUUGUUAUCUCGAAUUAAUAAGAACAAACAGGGUCUUUUUCUGGAAGCUUAUUUGCUACAAAAACGCGCCAUCCUUUCACCCAUGCUAUUGUCAA